CACGCCUCUCGCACACGCCUCCAGCACAUGCCGGUCAACAAACGCGCACGCGAGGAGCCCGAGGAGGAGAGCAUCGAGAAGCGGCUGGUCAACCUCAUCGUCCGCAUCGGCGACCGCUCGAUAGCCGACCUCAAUUCGCACCUCCGGGGCCUCGCCGCGGCGCUCACCGCCGAGCUGCCGACGUCGCGCACGCUCAUCUAUGACACCAUCCUCGACUGCGUGCGCGGCCUGCAGCCCAAGGCGCCCAUCUACGGCGCGCUGUGCGGCCUGCUCGCUGCCAACCCGCAGGGCGAGCCGGACGGAGUGGUCGCGGCCGACAUUGUCGCGCAGCUCGGUCGCGAGCUGCAGGAGGCGCUCGACGUGCACGCGACCUUCUCGAUCCGUGCCUUCUGCCGCUUCGCCAUCGAGCUCGCCAAUGCGCGCGUCGCCUCGGUGGACUCUGCGCUCGCGCUGCUCGAGACGCUGCUCGCGGUGACCGCCGAGCCCGGCGUGCUUCCCGCCCGGGCCGAGUGGUUUGCUUGCGUCGUGUUGGACAGCCUCGCCCUUGGCGGGGAAGUCUUCACGCGCGACGCGCCGGAGCGGUCCGCUGCACUGCUCGGCGCCGUGCGCGCCUACGCCGCCACGCGGGGGGCCGACGCGCUCUCCGCUCCGGCCCUGCUGCUGCCCUACGGCGGCGCCACGCGGCCGGGGGAGGUGACGGAGCACUUUGACGCCCUCUUCGCCCUCGUCGAGGCCCUCUCUUCGGACUCGUACCACUGGCGCUCCUCCCUCCUGCUCGCCCCGUCGCGCUCCUUCGCGUCGGAGCUGGCGGCGCUCGAGCCGCUGCCUCUGCCAACUGUGAGCGUGCCCGCACACACCCGCGGCUGCACCUACCCUUGCUUGCGGCGGCUGCGCCUCUGUUCCGAGCCCGCAGCCGACGGGGACGGCGACGCAGCCAUGGGCGACGACGGCGGCGGCGGCGGCGGCGGCGGCGGCAGGCUUGGCCUGGUGGAUCGGACGCUGAUGGAGGAGUACGCGUGGCUGCUCGUGUCGCAGUUUGAGGAGUCGCACAAGGACGCGGCUAAGCUGCUGCACGGGCUCGCAGAGAAUCUGGCGAUCGAUGCGUGCGAGCCGCUGGUGGAGACGCUGCUUUCGAUGCUGCUGCUGCUGCCGGCGCCGCGGCACCGCCAGACGUACUACGCGCUCGCCGACUGGCUUUCGUUCCACAUCUCGCACUUUGGUUUCAACCUCGAGCCGUUCGAGGCCUCCUGGGCGCCGCGCUUGUCCGCCGGCGGCGCGGCCGGCGCGGCCGACGCGGCGGACGCGGCGGACGAUGCGGCGGCGGCCGGCUCGCCCCGCGCAGAGCUGCCGCACGACGCGUUUGUGCGCCACAUUCUGGACAAGUGCCUGAGGCUCGCCUACCUCGAGCGCCUCCAAAAGGGGCUGCCCGCGCCCUUCGUCUCCCACCUGCCGCCGCAGCCCGCCGGCGCCGCCGCUUGGGGCGCCGUCGACCCGUCGGCGGUGGCGGAGCCCGGCUCGAUGCAGGCCAAGUCCGUCUCGCUCCUCAACCGGCUCCGGUCACGGGCAGAGCAGGCGGGGAGAUAUGGGGAGAUAUGGGGAGAGCAGGCUCCGGCGGACGUGCUCGAUUGGCUGCAGCGGGAGGUCGUGCACUCGCUGCUCGACGCGGGCGCCAAGAGCGUGUCCCACCUCGAGCGCCUCCUCGACAAGUUCAACUGGCUCGUCGCCGCCGCCGCGCAGGACGGGCCUGCGCGCGCGCGAGUCGUCGGCGCGGUGGCAGCCUACUGGCGCGCGCCGCGCGAGCUCGUCGACCCGCAGGCGCUGGUUGGCUGGCUCUGCUCCGCGCCUGAGCGGAGGCGACUCGCGUGGCCGUCGACGUGGGAGGGGUUGCACUUGCUCUUCGAGCGGUCGCUCUCGCACUUCAAGAGCGUCGAGGGCGAGCUCAAGGCCGAGGAGGACAAGUACGCCGAGUAUGUCGAGAUGAUCGGCGGCGAGGAGGAGGGCAGCACCAGCGCGGCGGGGCGCACACACCCCUCUGUCGCACGCGCGACUUGCGCGACAGCAGCGCUCCUUGACGCUUGCGCGCGCGCGAGUAGGCAGCGCCUCGAAACCAAGAGGGCCAUCUCGGAGCGCGCGCGGCGCGAGAAGAAGGAGCUCUUUGCAAACUUCUUCGCCGGCGUCUGCGGCGCGUUCGACGAGCACGCAAAGGCGGCGGCGGCGGCCGGCGCGCCGGUGGAGACCGCGUGGUGGAGCGCGGCGAUCGGCCACGCUGUCGGCCUCUGCCGGCGCCACAUCGCUGAGUACUCGCUUUCGAGCGUCGAGGCGGUGGUGGAGGUGGAUGAGUUGGCCGCGGCCGUGCAACGCAGCGUCUUUGAGCGGCUCCGCGAGGUUUCGGCUUGGCAGCUGUGA